AUGGAACCCUUUGAAAUAUCUAAAUGUAUUAGAUAUGAUUUGGAGUACUUGGAUUUAGGGUAUAAUCAUAUCAGUGGCCACCUGCCAACUUGGUUGGAGAAACUUGAAAAUCUAAAAUAUCUUGUUUUUACUUCAAAUUAUCUCCAUGGACCUAUCCCUUUGUCAAUAGGAAAGUUGUCAAAACUGCAUGGGCUACAUCUCUCCAAUAAUAUAUUUGAAGGGCUCAUUCCUGAAAGUAUAGGUCAACUUGUCAAUUUAACCAACUUACAUCUUUCUUCUAAUAAGUUUUAUGGUUCAAUUCCUCAAAAUCUAUGGAAACUUACAAAUCUACGUUCUCUUGAUCUUUCAAACAAUUCUUUUAAUGGGGUCAUUCGGGAAAGUCUUUGCCAACUUGUCACUUUAUAUGUCUUAGACAUUUCUUCUAAUAAAUUAGAUGGUUCUAUUCCAGAAAGCCUAGGAAAACUUACAAAUUUAGAGUAUCUUGACCUUUCAAACAAUAAUUUUAAUAGGUUUGUUCUUAAAAGUCUUUGUCAACUUGUUAACUUAUUUCAUUUAGAUGUUUCUUCAAAUAUGCUGGAUGGAACAAUGUCUAUGGAAAAAGGAUGUCUUCUAAAUUUGUGGCUUUUGAAUCUUUCUCAUAAUCAAAUAAGUGGUUCACUUCCAAAAAAUAUUAGUCUUAUAUCAUUGUCUUUUUCAGAGGGCUUGUUUUUAGGAAAUAACCACUUAAAUGGUUCAAUCCCCAUCUCUUUGUGCCAAAUUCCACUUAGCAGCCUUGACCUUUCAAAGAAUAACUUGUCGGGUGAAAUUCCAAAUUAUUGGGAGGAUAGUCUAGAAAUAUUGUCUGAGAUAAACUUGUCAUCUAACAAACUAACCGGAGCAUUCCCAAACUCAUUUGGGAAUCUUCUCGCACUGCUUUGGUUGCAUUUGAACAAUAAUAAUCUUCAAGGAGAGCUUCCAACAUCUUUUAGAAAUUUGAAACAAUUGUUGAUUUUGGAUCUUGGUGAGAAUCAGUUUUCUGGAAGUAUACCAUCAUCAUGGACAAUAGACACAUUUUCUCUAGUGCAAAUUAUUAGAUUGCGGCAAAACAUGUUGAAUGGCAGCAUUCCUACGCAGUUAUGUCAACUCAAGUCCCUCAAAAUUUUGGACCUUUCUAGAAACAAAUUACAUGGCUCGAUACCUCGAUGCAUAGGCCACCUUCAAGGAAUGAUAUUAACACCAUUGGCUCCAGCAAGGUCUCCAAUACCAUUUGAAAGAGUUCCUUCUCAAGGAUGGUCUAGUCAAGACGCCAUGGAAGUGGUGAAAGGAGUGGAACUUAACUAUACUAAAAUCUUGAAGCUUGUAGUUCACAUGGACUUGUCAGAAAAUAAUUUGGUUGGAGUCAUUCCUGAUGAAAUCACUUUUCUCACAGGUCUUCAUGGUUUGAGCUUGUCAAAAAAUCAAUUGAUAGGAGAGAUCCCUCAAUUGAUAGGAGACAUGAAAUCACUAGAAUCCUUGGACAUGUCUCAUAACCAACUUUCAGGAAAAAUUCCCAACACCAUGUCUGCUUUAACUUCAUUGAGUCAUUUAAACUUGUCUCACAAUAAUCUCUCAGGACCAAUUCCUAAAGAUAAUCAGUUCUCAACUUUUAAUAACCCGUCUAUUUAUGCUUACAACCCAUACCUUUGUGGAUCUCCACUUCCAAACACGUGCCCUGGUGAUCUUUCACAUGGAGCUUCUGAAAGCAAAGGUAAUGAGGAUGAAGAUGGGAUAGAAAAAGUAUGGUUCUACUUUGUGAUAGCACUCGGCUUUGGGACUGGGUUAUGGGGAGUUAUUUUCACUUUGUGGUUCAAGAAGAAUUGGAGACAUGCUUACUUCAGAUGGGUGGAAGAUGUUGCUGAUGAGAUAUAUGUGGCAAUUGUAAUAAAAGUGGCCAAAUUAAAGAAGAUGAAGAUGAAGAGAAACCAUGACCAUGAGUGA